AUGGGAUUCCCAAAUGCAAAGAAGCCUAACAUUGUUCAUUCCCUUCCUACUGAAAUUAUUAUUGAAAUUCUUUCACGCGUUGGUGCUGCAAAUGCUCCUGAUUUAUUUGCAUGCAGAAUGACUUGCAAGGCUAUUAAUAAACUUUCACAUGAUGGGAAGAUAUAUAAGAAGGUUUCUUUUGAACACCUUUACAUGCGUUCAAUGCGUAAUGAUGAAAAUAAAGCAAAGUUUUUUGAGUUGUGCUUGGAAUACAAAAAUCCAGAAGCACUUUUGCGUUAUGGCAUGGGUACAAAAAUACAUGCCAGUAUUCGGAGGAACCUAAUAGUUGCUUUCUGGCCUAAGAUUGAGGAAGGAGGAUUUAGACAUAUUUUAAAUUUUUUGCUACGUGAUAAUGCUGGAUACGAGCUUACUACGCAACAUAAAUUCACCAUUUCAAUGAAUUAUGGAUCGUCCAUAGUGGAUUGCAAUGCUUUGGAUAUCCCACAAUAUGGUUUUGAAUUUGUUCCAUUUGGUGAUAUUUUGGCUAAAAAAGGUUCUGAUGUUUAUCUCAUUGAUAUAAUUGGGCAAGUGACUGCGUAUGGUGAACUAACCAAGACCACUAAAUCGAGGUGCAUGACUAUUGAGCUGAUGGACACAACGAAUGACAACCUAACAUGUGUUCUAUGGGGCACAUAUGCUGAUGAGAUGAUAAAUUACAUAAAUGCUGAGGGAGCUAAUGGUGCAAUUGUUGUCAUCUUACAGUUUGCAAAACGAAUCAUCAUGUGUUGCAAAACUCAACAAAUAUCUGGCCAACUAACUCAACUGACGAAUGAGAGUGAUGACUUUUUGAAGCAAGAAUAUGUAAAAGAUAUUUUCGACAUUAUGAACAUGAAGAAGUCUUGUGUAUGCGUUUGCCUAGCCACAAUAGAGGACAUCGAUGUUGGUUAUAGUUGGUAUUACGAUGGAUGCAACAGAUGUAUGAGUGGAGUUAUUAGGGAAGAUGAUGUCAUCCGGUGUAGAAAGGAGAAUGUAGUGUUACGUAGUACAACACCAAGAUUCAAGAUAAAAUUGAUUGUUGCUGAUAAAUCUGGAGAUGCUACUUUUAUGAUGUUUGAUAAAGAGGUGUCCAAAUUAGUUGGUAGAACAGCAAAAGAAAUGGUUGCCUCUCAAAAUCAGGUAGAAAACAAUGAGUUUCCUGAAGAAUUCAAAAGUCUAUUGGGGAAGAGAUUUUUAUUUAAGGUCACUGUGCCAUAUAAUAAUGGCAUUGAUCAAAAUUAUUCCUACACUGUGAAUUCUACGUCCGAUGAACCUGAAUUAGUUAACAAGUGGUUUGAACUUUAUGUUAAGUUGGAGAACUCUAUUGUUGUGAAAAAGGAGAGUGAGGCAGAAAGCGUGCAAGAAUGUGAAGAGAACAUGGAUCUCUUUCAAUCGGAGACAGACUCUUCUCUAUCCCACAUCACACCGCAAAAGAGAGCAACAUUACUUGAUGAACAUUCACCCUUAGGGAUGCAGCUUUCAACUAACAAGAAACUCAAGUCUGUUAUGCCUCAAGAAGAAGAUGGACUCUAG